AGACGCGGGCAGCUGGUUCCUGGGCCCCAGCAGCCGCUCGGUCCGCGGAGGAGCCCGCCUGGCCGCAGCAUGCAUUCGAGCCUCGGCGGGCCGGCAGGGCGCGCCGAGGGUGGGGGAGCAGUCCCCGCGCCCAAGUGUCGCCAUGCUGCCGGGGGAGAAAGUCUACAGGGUCAGCUGGAGUGGCCCGGAGUCCCAGUCGCCCAGGUGGGCCGGGGAUGAGGGGGCCGGGCUGCGGGGACUCUUUGGAGGGGCAGGGUCCCCAGCGGGCGGAAGCCCUGGGGCGGCGCGAGGAGCCGGGCAAACGGGGCGGGGGUCCGGGUUCGCCUCCCGAGGGGUGCUCGACGAUGGUGGCUUCCUCCUUGCGCGGCCGACCAGCGAGCCCCGGUCCGGUCUCGGUGCUCAGGGACAGAAGUGCCUCGGUGCUCAGAGACAGCCCUCACCCACAAGCACGCCCCUCCGCAGGGCCGCUGGCCCAGACCCAGACUCCCUUUUCUCGCUCACCAGCCCUCUCCCAACCCACACUAACCCUGACGAGGGGAACCAGAGUGCAGCUGGGAACUACUACGAGCUGUUCGCGGCCGCACUGGGCAACUUGGAAUGGUUGCGCUUCUGUCUGAGUCGGGGCCGUGACAAAAUUCCAGCAGAUGACAAGGGCUUCACCGCCAUCCACUUUGCAGCCCAGAGUGGCAAGCUCAAGUGCCUGCAGGCCUUAGUAGAGGAGUACAAGUUUCCCGUGGACCUGCCCACCAAGAAUGGCCAGACACCGCUGCACCUGGUCAUCAAGGGGGACAACAAGAGCAUGACCCUUUCCUGCAUUCACUAUCUACUUGAGCAAGGGGCGGCCCUCAACACGCAGACAUGCAGUGGCUGCACACCCCUCCACCUGGCAGCCUGCAAGGGCCUGCUAAGCUGUGUGAAGGUGCUGGUGCAGAAUGGUGCCAAUGUCCAUGCCCGGGACGCCCUGGGCUGCAAGCCCAUCGACUACUGCAAAAUAUGGAACCACCGCGACUGUGCCCGGUAUUUGAAGGAUGCCAUGUGGAAACGGGACAAGAAGGACUUUGCUCGUGAGAUGGAGAAACUGAAGAGGCUCAAAGACCAGCUGGCCUUCAUGGAACAGGACUACCUGAUUGAGUAUCAGAAAGAGCACCAAAUUCUGAGAGAAGCCGAUUGGAAGAAGUGGCUCUAUCCCAAGCAGCUGCUCCGAGGCCAGUCCCAGACUCGCAAUACCAAGCAAGCACCUUAUGCUCCCCAGCCAGCGAUCACUGUCUCCAGGACUCCCAAGCGCCAGGGGCACCAGAAGAGCUUCUACCCCUCCCCGGAGGCACGCCUGUGGCAGACCUCAGUGCCCAAGCUGCAACCUUCGGGGAUACCCACCCCCACCUACAUGCAGCCCAUGGUCAGGCGGCCCAAGUCAUGGAAUGUUAGCAACAACCCUGCCAGAUCGCCCACCACCCAGAUUGGCUUCCCACAGGGCAUCCGCCUGGGUGUACAUCCAGACCCCAGCCCGGAGCAUGACUUCAGCAGCUUCCUCGAGGUGAGGUCUGACCGGUACGGUGGUGUACAGCUGCGCACGGUGGCUGGCAGCCGGGUAGCACCUGUGCCCCAGUUGCCUUUCGAGGUGGUAGUCCAAGAGCUGCAUCCUUCAGUGCGGCCACACAGGUUGAAAGUGCCCCAGGGCUUCUGCCCUGUCAGCAUGAGCACUGUGCCCCAGAAGCGGCACUUUAGUGACAACUUUUGGACCGAUACUCUGGCCAUGAACCUGCGUGAGACCUUUGAUGAAGCCUUCCUGGCCACUGUGCAAGCCCAUCAAGGGCUCCCCACUCUGCCCUCCCUCAAGAGCCUCCCAUAAACUUAUUUUGGUAGAGUCUCAACCUGAGGCAGCCCAGUGAGGGCUGAGGUGUGGUGAUUCACGAUGGGUUCGGAAGGGAGAGGAGUACCCACAGGCUUCCCACUUCCCGCUCCCAAGCUUAAAGAUCGGAGCCCCUUCUCUUUCAACAAAAGCCUAGAUCCCAGGUCUCCCUUCUCCACGAAGAAGUUUCUUGGAUUCCCCAGGAGGAUGAAGCUAGGGCAGAGGGCUCAGAGUGGGCAUCAAUCUCUAUCCUGGGCACUUGCGUUGUAAAAGUUGACACUUUGGUGUCCCCAUUAUCUCUCCUCCCCACCAGGAGCAAGGCCUUGAGGAUAGGGGAACCACUAGAAAAGUCUGCCUCUUGUUCAGAUGAAGUCCUUCAAGGUUUCUGUAGUUCAGGGAGGCAUAAGCAGCAUACGUUCAUUGGGGGAAGGAAGGGAGGACCUGUGGCUUCAGUUUCGGCUAUACAAGCACUUGUACUUCUUCCAGGAAGCUGUCCUGGGUCCCCUGUUAUGCCCUGGACGCAUCACUACAAAUCGUUCAUUAAACAAACAUUUAUUGAGUG